UAAAAACUACAAAGUCUAAAGUAGUCACAGUGUUUAGUACUAUGAUGGUAAAAACAAUCUUUCAAAGAGAUUUUACAAGACAUGCUCUCAAAAUUAUCCGCGGGUCUAACCAAAAACGGAGGUUCGCAAACCAAACAAAAAGGUUACCAUACAGUAACAGAAGAACAGAACUUGACUGGUCUCUCGAGGAAAAUGCCCUCCAGGCUGUUGCUCCACAAAUAAAAGAAGAUAUUUUAGAUGAUCAGCUAGAAGACUACGUUCACGUACCCCAUAUUAGGCAAAGAUAUUCGAAAGUAUUGGAUAAGACAACUUUCGACCUACCCUAUCGAUAUCGAUCGGGUGCUCUUGCCACAGUACACUCUUAUUUGCAAUUUGAAAAAUUUGCAAAUGUAACACCAGAACAGUUAAAGCUUUCGUGCAUUCUGGGCUGGUGCUAUAGAUUGCUAGUAUCUUCAAUGAUCGUUUACGAUGAUAUCUUGGAUGAUCAGAUGGUUAGAUAUAAUGAAAAACCAUGGCAUAAGCAAGUGGGAAUAAAAGAAGCUAUAUUAGACACCCUCUUUUUACAAUCGAGUGCAUCCUACCUUUUCAGCCGAUAUUUUGAAACACAUCCGCAUUUUUUAGAGAUGUUAAAAAUGUUGAAUAAAUGUUAUGCAACUUGUACAAUAGGACAGACGCUAGAAAUUCAAACUUACGACUUAGAAGACUUUCAAGCUAAUGAGGUCCUUAUUAAGUGUUUUCCGUGUACAUUAUAUCCAGUUAGAACCGCAAUGUACCUAGCGAAUAUUGUAGAUCCAAAACUGCAUUUUGCUGUAGAACAGUUUUGUUGGGAUUUGGUACGAUUUAUAAAAGUGGAGGACGAUAUGUGGGGCCAAUUUGAACCAAUUACUAACUCUCACAAAGAUUGCACAGAUGCAUCUGCAGGCAGGGUAACAUGGUUGGGCAUCCAAGUAGCUAAAUACGGCACACCAAGUCAAAAGAAAACAUUUUCUGAAAACUAUGGAAAAAAUGAAGAAACUGCUUUGAGAAAUAUUCAAAAUAUUUAUGAAGAAAUGCGGAUAGUAGAUCAUUAUAAGAAAUAUGAGGAAAAAUUUUAUAAUGAAAUGUGUGAAUGUAUCGAAAACUUAACAAAAGGAUUGCCAAAACAAUUGUUUAUAGAUUUGUUAGAUUUUGCUCUAAUUAGAAAAUUCCGCGGAUAAUUGAAGCGUUAUUAUAUUUUUUAUUUAUUGAUAAUUAUUAUUAGAAAUAUACCAUGUUCGGGACACUUGAGCAGCCAGGUUGCAAAUGGGUUUUUCGGGUACGAUAUACCUAAUUCAUUAUAAAUACAAAAAUUCCCGUCACAGUUCGGACGAGAAUUUUAGUUAUUAACAAAUAAGCGUCAAAAAUGGCAGUUUUUUCGUUUAAAUCACUACAGGUAAGAAUAGGGUAAUUAAAUAUCUUAUUUUUAUAGUAUCCUUCUUUUAGUAGACGAGCAAAGAUUUAAAAUGGCAGUUUUUGAAUUUUAGUCCGAUCUUUUGUUGCUUCGGAAAUUUCAAAAUAAAAUUAAAAUUUCGAAAAUAAAAAAAAUUGCUAUAAAUUUUGCGAAAAUGACCUUAAAACUUUCAUAUUGCAUGAAAAGUUGAGUCAAACAGUCCACAUAAUGCACAAAAAUUUUUAAGACGAUUCGUCAAUUAGUUUCAAAAAUUAUUCAAUUUGUUUAUCCCAAAGAGCUUUUUUGCAAUGUUAUUAUUAAGAAAAUAAUAAUGAUAGAGCAAUUCUGUGGAAAUGACGUGAAAGAAGAAUAGUUAGGUUUUCAAAGCAUUUAAAAAAAAUCAUUAAAAAGUCAUUUUUAUCGUUCCGAAAACAUGUUUCUAAAGUAGGGUCAUUUUUGGCUUAUAAACAAUUUGAAUAACUUUGUUAAUAUUGACUCUGGAGUACAAUAACUUUAGGAUUUGAAAAGCUGGUAUAUUUACACGAAUUUUUAAAAAACCUUUUGCCUGGGUUAAUCAGGGUCAAAGUUAGCCACUUUUUUAUUUAAUUCACAGCUACUUUGUUUAUAACAAUUAAGCAACCUAACUAGCGUUAUUUUGAAGUUCAGGGUAUAUAGUUUAUGUGUAAAGUUUGACUAAACUUUGAACUUAAAUAAAGUGGUUAAUAAAGCUUUACAAAUUACGUCCUAACAAAAUCGAUUCGUGGUCGGUGGAGGGGAAUAAUUAUUAAAAUCCGUGCACUUAAAAAAUGAAAUUGAUUCUUCAAACAUUUGCUGCAAUUAAUAUCUCCGGAGAUUGUUGAUGGAUUUUGAUCAUAAUGUUUUUAAUUUGUAUGUACUCGUAGUCUUGUAGAUUACGUUAGGUACACAUAUCACCACUUAAUAUUACAAAAUGUUAGGGGCAACCCUCCUUCUCACUCAGGGAUAUGAAAAAUAGAUUACGACCGAUUCUAAGACCUACCGAAUAUACCACAAAUUUCAUAACAAUCGGUCAAGCGGUCUCGGAGAAGUAUGGCAACUAAUAAUGUGACAGGAGAAUUUUAUAUAUCGCACCUUUAAUAAAAAAAAGAAAUAACUCAAAAAACACAGUUUGUGGGAAUUUGCAGUCAAAGUUUUUAAGUUUUGCACAGUAAAGGUUAAAAAUUAAUUUCACAAAAAUCAUACGGGUUAGAGGAAUUCUAAAGGUUGGUGUGGAGAGUUUAAUUAGUAAGCUCUUAGAUUUUAGUAAAUGCUAAUCUUCUCGUCUAUUGUUAAGGGUGCAAAUGUGUUGUUCUUUUGAUAGUUUAUAGUUAUUUCACUUUAUGAUUAAACAUAUAUUCUGCGCCGAUGAAAUAAUUCUACAUGAUGCUCUUUUAUUGCUAAAUGAACUGUCAUAUAAACUGUAAAAUAAACAAUUAGGUUUGUUGCAGUUUUGAUGUAAAAACUUUGAGUUGAUACUGAAUUAAUCCUAGUUGUUUCUAUAUUUUCUUAAACACAAAAUAAAUUUUUGUUUUCUUUAUAAUAAAAUACUGAUUAUUCGUUUAUUUAUCUUUAUUAACAAAAUUGCCUGAUUACAAAAUUAAACUAAAACAUAAGUAACACUAUAAUAAUACAAAGAAAAGAUAUUAAUACAUUUUAAAAAUAAACCGAAAAUAUAAAAUAGAUUGUUUCAAGAAACUUGUGUGGCUACUCUCAAAUAUGGCACAACGUUUAUCUCAGAACUAUGAAUUAAAAAAACGAUUAAAUUAUUGAAUUAUAAAAUUGGGAGUAAAAAGAAGGAAUCAAUCCUUUAGAUAGCAAUGCUUGCAAAUCUUUCCGUUUGUUUGUACUCAAUUUUUGUUUUUCUGUAUAGGCGGGUUUGAGUGCUAUUUCCGUUAUUGAUCCUAUUUUUUUUUUUUCGUUUGUUCCUUAUAUCUACCUGUUUAUAAGUCUCAUCCUUGUAUGAUGUCUUAUAAAAAAAUAUGUAGGAUUAUCUUUGUUCACUUGUAUUGCUUUGAUUUCGUUUCAGUUAACAUUUUCUCCCUCAGUAUUAAUCGUAGUUAUACCCCAGUUCUUCUUGCAAACCUUUUAAAUCAUAAAAUGAUUGGUAAUUCAUCUCGUCCACAAUUAAAGGUGGGUUCCCUUUUCUAGCAUUCCUUGUUAAAGUUACAUAUUGGUCUGGAGUGUAAAUAGAUCCAGAUUUCAAGCUCUUUUUAACUUCUUUCUCAAUAAGACUGUACACACUAUCGGCUUCGUUCUGACUGUGGCCCCUUAUUAAAAAUGUAUGUGUAAUUCUCUUAAUUUUUAACGUGUGCACAGCGAAUAAAUACAGCGACGUUAUAUACUUAUUCUUGUUUUGGUCCACAGAAAUUGUCUGAAUAGAAUAUGACUUCUUUUUCACCAUCGCCCUCUUCACUUAUAUUUUUUAAAUAUUCCCAUAUGCAAGAACCGAUUUCUAUGGUGCCUCGUUUUGCAUCACAUUUAGAUCAAAAAUAACAGUGUAUAUUUUUAUAUGCCUGCUUAGAUUCUUUCUGUCAGUUCCGACACCGUUAAAUUGUAACAGUUCAGUUUUAAUUUAUAAUAAAAUGAAGAAGACUGACCUGUAUGACAUUGCAGCACAGUUAGCUACUCGUAUAUUUUGGCUGACUUUGUUUCGGUCAUUUAAUUUCUCAGCCCUACUCCAGUUUUUUUUUCUUCUAAAUUUGAUUUAUAUUUUUGCUCCAGGUAUUUAUUUUCAUUGACAUUGGAAUUGUUGUAGGUAUUACACAGAUCGCAUUGAUCUUUUUAUUGGUUGGAAGAAACCGAUAUUAAAUUCAGUAGUAAAUAUUUUAUAAUAGGUAAUAUAUGUACCAAUUUCUUUAUUGUUCCGCUCUUGUUCUAAUUUAAAAUCAUUGUAAAAAUCUUUAAUGGUUUUGCUGCCUUCUAUGUAUUCUCUUGAAGUAGAAGUGCAUAGGCAGUGAGAUUCAACCCUUGGUAUAGAAUUAAUAUGCCCCUUGAUGUCGGUUAUCAGUUCGGGAUCAUUUUUUCUGUGCUUGCCAUGUUUUCCUCUUAAAUCAUCCAGUGCAAAACCAUUUGCAUCAAUAUUAGUCUGUAUUGUAAAAAAUUGUAAAAGUCAUGCGGUCAGAAUUAUCUAAAGUUGAUUUAAAAAAUGUUUUGCACACUCUAAUUUUGACAUCAUUUAUAACAAAAUGGAAAGCCUGGUUGUAGCGCCUAGGAUUCUCAGCGUUUGUGUACCUGUACGUAGGUUGAAUAUCAUCCAUACAAGAAUUUAUGUAUGCUAUUUGCUUUAGCAAACUGCCCAAUUCCCAGAAAUUGCAAAAAAUACCAUAUCUGUUUGCUGUAUUGAUAUUCUCGGAGCACUCAAGUCUGCACUUUUCGGUACAUGGCUCUUUCAGACAACGAGCGGGGAUAGUUUUUUUUUGUAUUUUUUGACAUAGAUACGUAAGUUUACUAUUAUUACGUAAGAUACUAUUACUGUUUGAUAGAAACAAGUAAAAGCCUUCGUUUAUAAUAAAAAAAUGUGUAUUUUACAUAUAUUAAAGUAAUACAAAUUGAAACUUACUUAUUCCGUAGUUUCACAUUUAUUAUUAACGGGUUUUUCAUUGAUGGAAUUAUUAUCCAAUGACGAAUUUUUCGCUACUAAUCCAAGUAUUUUUGUGCUCUAGACUAGUAGACGCCACUCUAAAACAAGAGUAUAAAUAUUAUACCGGUUAGUUAGACAAGAAGCUGAUAGUCAACAAGAAUCUAAUUAAAUUGGAUUAUCAAAAAAUAAGUACAUAAGUAUCAAUGCAAACAUCAAACAAUUGCAUAUUAAAAGUAUUACUAUUACAAUAAUUAUUGUUGAUUUUAUAAUAAAGUGAAACAAGUCAAAAACGUGAAGGUUUCUAACUACCUAUCUAAUAAAAUAAUAGUAGAAUAUUGAAAUAAUACUUAUUGUACUUUAGUAGUUUUUUAAAUUUUUAAUAAGAAACUGCAUAAAGUUGAAAUAAUACGGCACAUAAUAAGAAACAAUUUCUACUAAAAUGAACUAACUCAUAAAUGAACUAACAAACCUUCAACUAGUUUUCUAAUGAAGUGAAAUAAGUCUGAGAGAAUACACUUUUCUAAAAAGCGAUAGCAAAUAAUAUACUUACUCGUUAGUAAAACACAGAAUUGUUUCGUAUUGUAUCACUUUCUUUGAAAAUACCGGAUAUCUUACCUCCAAACACAGCCGGAGUAUAACUGAAUUCCACCACUUUACGAGUACCGGUUUGUGCAAAGGCGUUAGUAAAAAACAGCGGGAAAAUCAUUUAUCUCUCGCAUUUUCAUCAUUUUAACCUGGCUGUUAAACGGAACAGGUUCUUCUCGUCUAGUUAUUUCACUUUAUGAUUAAAUCUCGAAAACCCUGAAUUUUGAGUUAUUUCGCUUUUUUAUUAAAGGUGCGAUAUGCAAAUAUAUAGAUGGCUAUUAAAAAAUAGGGGUUGAUGAAAGAAGAGUGAAAAUUAAAAGUUGUAUGUAUUUUUUAAUUCUACACCAUACAAAAAUAAGAUGGACAAUUUAAUCCAAAAAAAUUAAAAAAAAAAAUGUCAAGGGAACAACCUCCUUUAUAAUUUAUGGGCAUGAAAAUUAGAUUAGAACCUAUUCUCAGUCCUACAGGAUAUACGUGUAAAAUUUCAUAAAAAUCGGUAAAGCCCUUUCGGAGGAGUAUGGUAACUAACACUGUUAAAGGAGAAUUUUAUGUAUAUAGAAGUAAUUGUGAAUUAAAUAAUAAAAGUGGCUAACUUUGACCGCAAUUAACCUAGGACAAAAAGUUUUCUUUUUUGAAAAUUCGUGUAUAAAAUACCAGCUUUUAAAAUCCCAAAGUAGAUUUACUCUACAGUCAAUAUGAACAAAGCUUUUCAAAUUGUUUUUAAGCCAACUCUACUUUAGUAAAAUGUUUUGGGAAUGAUAAAAAUGACUUUUAUAGAUUUUUUUAAAUACUUUGAAAAUAUAAGUGUUCUUCUUUCAUGUGCUUUCCACGUAAUUGCUGUAUCAUUAUUAUUUUCUGAAGCAAAAAAAAGCUCUUUUGGAUAAACAAAUUGAAUAAAAUUUAAACUAAUUAACAAAUUGUCUUUAAAUUUUUUGUGCAUGAUACGUACUGGUUAACUCAACUUUUCGUGCAAAAUCAAAGUCUUAAGAGUUAAUUUUCGCAAAAGUUAGAGCAAAUUUUGGAUUUUCGAAAUUUUAGUCUAAUUUUGCAAUUAGCGAAGCAACAAACGAUCGGACCAAAAUUCAAAAAUUGCCAUUUUGAACCUUUGCUCAUCUACUAAAAGUUGAAUACUCUAAAGGAGAUAUUUAAGUACCCUUAUUUUACCUGGAGCGAUUUAAACGAAAAAACUGCCAUUUUUGACGCUUAUUUGUUAUUAACUAAAAUUCUCGUCCGAACUGUGACGGACAUUUUUGUAUUUAUAAUGUAUUAGGUAUAUAGUACCCAAAAAGCCCACUUGCAACCUGGCUGCUCAAGUGUCCCGACAAAAACCUUAUUUCUGUGGACUAAUAUUCUAUAUGCAAAAUAUGUCUAUUAUUAUUUAUUUACUAUCUAUUUAUUUGCUGACAACCAUUAUGUAUUUGUACAAAGUACUAACUUAGAAUUAAUUUGUAAUUAUUUUAUUAGAUUGAACUAUUAUAUUGAAACAUUGUUUUGUAAUAGGAUAGUGGGAAGUAAAUAAAAAUUAUUAAACAUUAUUGUAAUAAUUUAUAGGUAUUAUUAGGGGUACAAAUAAUAUAGUGAAUCCUCGCAUCACGCUGCAAUGCUCGCCAGGCAUCUCGCCAUGCACCUUGCCAGGACUCAUUCUAUAUUUUCUCAAAACAGUCAACCACUAAUUUUUUUUAUAGAUGCGUAUAACAUGAUGUACAUACAUAAUAUAUGUAGGGAUUCGUUAACAC